AUAACGUGUCCAUCAGCUUUGUUAAUCACACAGGGCCGAUGUUUGAGGGUCAUCAGUACACUCUGCAGUGUUCAGUAGAGAAAGUGGCUCCUGUUGAAAAGCUUGUUGUGACCUUCUACAGAGGACGGACAGCACUGGGUCAACGAUGGUCCAAACACAACGACACAGAGAAGAAACCACUGACUGAGAUCUUCUCUUUAGACAUCAUCCCCAGUAAAGAACACGAUGGAGCCCAGUACUGGUGUGAAGCAAAGCUAGAACUGGGACCUGAAGGACCACAGCCCCCUCCAGUGGUGACGUCACAAAACAUCAGCACCACUGUGUACUAUGGACCUCAGCUGGUGGGGAUACCACAUGAUGAUCGCAAAACUGUAGCAAGAGGAGACUUUCUGGAACUGAACUGUUCGGUUGUGGGAAACCCCCGCCCCUCCUACUCCUGGACGAUCCCGUCAGAAAGAACUUCCCCCUCCAACAACAGCGUUCUCACUAUCAACUCUGCAACUUUGGCGGAUGACGGUCUGUACACCUGCACUGUCAGCAACAGCAUUGGGACUGUCACCGUGAAGUUCAACGUGGUUGUCCAAGAUUUGUUGACCUCAACAAGACUGCCGCCAACAACCACUACCAUCCCAACAACCACUACCAUCCCAACAACCACUACCAUCCCAACAACCACACCAUCCCAACAACCACACCCACCACAACAACCACAAAGACAACAACCGUACCGAACAGUGGCACCAGCAGCACACAGCUUCGCAGGUUCAUGGACUUUACUGCUUUUACUUUCAAUUCCAGUCGCUCAUUCUCUGGGCUCCCGCUCAACAGCUUUUUAUUUUAUUACCGGACAUCUCAUUUGCGUACAAGACCUACUGGGAAUAAUGCUUUUCUGUAACUUAUUUUUGGUGGUUUCUAUGAUAAGUUUUCUGCAGGACUUCCAUGUCUCCAGCUGCGAUGAAAACUGUGCAGUUAAACCAGUAUUCACUCCCUCCAGACUGGUAGUGAAGUUUGGUGACCCGACCUCUGCCAGCUGCUCCGUGUGUAAGCAGGACUGCAUCAACAACUUAUAUGGCUUGGAAAUAUCUGUGGGCACAAAGACGAAAAACGGAACCACGAUGUCAUGGAGAGUCAACAAACUGACGGAGUGGGACCCAUCUCCACAGUGCUAUUAUAGUAAUGCAACUAAUUACCAGUGUUGCACCGUUCUGCCGGUUACUGUCUACAAGCUUCCAGAUAACGUGUCCAUCAGCUUUGUUAAUCUCACUGGGCCGAUGAUUGAGGGUCAUCAGUACACUCUGCAGUGUUCAGUAGAGAAAGUGGCUCCUGUUGAAAACCUCGUUGUGACCUUCUACAGAGGACGGACAGCACUGGGUCAACGAUGGUCCAAACACAACGACACAGAGAAGAAACCACUGACUGAGAUCUUCUCUUUAGACAUCAUCCCCAGUAAAGAACACAAUGGAGCCCAGUACUGGUGUGAAGCAAAGCUAGAACUGGGACCUGAAGGACCACAGCCCCCUCCAGUGGUGACAUCACAAAAAAUCAGCACCACUGUGUACUAUAAGCCUCAACUAGAGAGUUCACGGUAUCCGGAUACAAUCACCAUCAAGGAAGGAGACACUCUACAACUAAACUGCUCGGCUGUUGGAAACCCACGCCCCUCGUUCACCUGGACGCUCCCGACACAAAGCCCUUCAACCUACAACAGCAGCGUUCUCACUAUCAAGUCUGCGACCUUGGCGGAUGGGGGUCUGUUCACCUGCACUGUCAGCAACAUCGUGGGGACUGUCACUGUGAAGCUUAACGUGGACGUUCAAGAAAACUACAAUGGAAUCAUUAUAGGAGUGAUAGUAGCAGUUGUUGGUCUGAUUGUCGUCUCGGUCCUUAUUGUAUACUUCUAUUUCUACAAACAAAAUCGAAUGGGACAGUACAACCUGAAGGACGUUUUCCGCUUGCACCAGCGGCACGUUCCUGUGCCCACUGUGGAGUAAGCCUGUGGGGAAGGCAUGACAACAUGUAUGGACCUUUGUUGCAUCUUUAUCUCGCCCUCAUUUCCUGUCAUUCCUCUACUGAUGCUAUCUAAUGACAGUUUAAGACAAGUUUCAACUUGUGUGACCUUUGUAUUGAAUGGAACAAGUCACAAGCUUCCUUAUUCCUGACUGCUGCAUUUGCAGAAGCUUCAUUUACUGUAAAGUGCAGUGUUACACUCUGUUACUCUUAUUAGGGAGAGACGUAAACAACUCAGAUCACUUCAUGACAACAACAUUUUCUUAUAUUAUGUGGAGUUAAAAUAUGGGCUUUUAGUUGAUAUGGCCGUCAUUUCAGCGUCAUUUCAGCAGUCCUUGAAAAGUAGCUUUCUUGAGAAACUCCGGCACAUUUACAGAAAUGCUGAUUCAUGUGCGUUGUCAUAAAACACACACGCAAAAGAAUGUGAAUAUAACAUAUCACAGUCGCCAUAAACAGGUUGUAGGACUAUCUACUGCUGCAGUUGACUUCAUAACUUUAUGUACAGUUGUAAAUAGAAUAACACUGUGUGAAAAUGCACAUACUGAACUUCACGGCUGUGUGUUAAACCACUGAAAGCUUGUGCCAGACCUCGUCACAAACCACAGCUCCUCACAAAGCAACCGUUUCUGUUUGUGUGUAUUUGUAAUUUGUGUGUUGUAUUGAUGUGCUAGGUUAGUGACACUGAAAAAAGAGGAAUUCACACAAGCAAAAACUGUGUAAUAAUGAACUGCACAAUUACAAAAUGUGUGCUUUGACCACAUUUAUUUCAAAAUGAUAAAUAAAUGUUCAUUUUGUACAAUGA